AUGAUAGUAAAAUACUUGAAAAAAUACCAGAAAUCAAGAUUUGACAAAAAAAAUUCUUUAAUUGAUCUUCGUCGUUUACUUGUUCCUACUGGUCUUCCUUUAUUGCUUGAAUUAGUUCAUAUUUCUCAUUAUUUUCAUCUUAUUUUUGGUUUUAUUGAUCAAUGGUGGUCAUCUUCAUCUGAUGAUGAUCAUGAUAAUAAUCGUGUAUUAAAUAAUAUUCAACAAUGGACAACAUUAUUAGAACAAAUCCAAAGAUUUAAUAUUAUUGAAUCAGCAUUAAAUCAAAAUGAAAAUACAUUAAUUAUUAGUCAAAAAACAAUAUCAAAUGAUAUAUUACAAAGACUUGAUGAAAGAAAAAAUCAAUCAUGGUUAAUAUUUACUAAAGAUGAUCAAAAUAAUAAAGAUAUUUCAUAUUCAAAAUUCGACAUUAAAUAUUAUUUGUUCGAACUUAUAUGUGGAACAUUAUCACUUAUUCUUCAAACAAUUCAAAAAUCAUCACCACAUUUUUAUCCAUUUGUAUAUGUUCUUACAGAUCAUGCUCAAUUUAAUAAUGAUUCUUAUCUUAAUUUAAUUGCAUCACCAUUUAUUGGUCUUGCACGAAGUUUAAUAACUGAAUAUGAACGACAUCGAUUAAAACUUAUUGAUCUUCAAUAUCAUUAA